AAAUGUGUGUAGCUGCCUGGGGUUGUGCCAGAUUUACCCAGUAAGUGAAGUGAACAUGUUGAUGUAUGCAGGCGGUCUCACACCCAUGAAAGUACAGAAGAACUGUCGGAAACUGGAAUAAGGACUUUCUAAAACCACUUAUUUAUUGUUAGGGUUUUUCUUUCCGGUGAUAUUGAAGUCCAAGCCCACUCCUCACUAUGACUGAGCCUGCUGAGCUGCUGCUCAUCAAGGACCAGUAUGAGUUGGCGUUUCAUUCUCUGAGCCGUGGGCUGACUGCUGAAGAGGCCGGGAAAAGAGCAGAGGCCCUGGUGUAUUACAGAAAAGGUCGACAGCACCUUACUCAAGGACUGGAAGUUCCCACUGGAGGGAAGAGGCAGCGAGGAGCGGUCUGGGACACGGCCAGGCAGCUUCAGCAGAGGAUGAGGGACACUCUUAGGACUGUCAACACCCACCUCUCUGACCUGGAGACCUCACAGCUGACAACAGGAUGCCAGAGGGGCUGCCUGUUGAUGGAUCUUCCUCCCAAUCUUUAUCCAGACCUGGCACCGAACAGCCAGCCUCCCCGAAGCUCCCUCCACCAUCUGUACCCCACCGUAUUGGCUAACACUCAGAAGUCAACCCCAACAGUCCCUACCUGGCCUCCUUCCUCUGCUGUUCUGCACAUGCACACGCUCUCUGAAGCAGCUCCAGGAGAUAUAGCCAUGGCUAACCCAGGGGACCAACCUCCAGCAUACACACCACAGCCAACUACUGGCCACCGCAGUCUGUCUUACGGUUCUGCUGGAGGCAGCCUCGGAUCAGGAAAGCAGACCGGAGCAGCAGCAGAAGGAGAUGGAAACAUGCUGCUUUUCAUCCCCUCUGGGGUGCAGAUGUUUUUCGUGGCACCAAAUGGUCAGGUCAGCUCCCUGUCUCAUCCAGGCUACCUUCGCAUCGUCGCAUUUGGCAGUCAGCACACGGAUUCCACUGCUGGAGGACCCUCAGCAUUUCUACAUGUGUGUGACUGGCGGUACCCGCUGACAGCAGAAACUCCAGUGCUAUUGGCUAACUCUGGGAUCUUCAUGUUCCCUGACAUCUUGUCAGAGAUGCCAGGGUCCUACGUGGGCAUAGUCUUGUCCUCCGAACUGCCUGCUGUCCACCGAAAGACGUUUCAGGAUCUCCUCUCACAGCUGGCUGAUCUCAGGGUCCAGAGUCCAGAUGGGGAAGGGUCAGAGGUCAUCAACCUGAGUGAGAAAAUCCCCCUUGGUCCCACGAAAGAGCAUGAAGGACUGACAGUACCAACAGGGGAAAUGGACAAACCACCACUUCCUGGAUGGAGUGAGAAGAUGGCACAAGGAAUCUUGACAGGAGCUACACGGUUGAGUUUAGAGUUUGUAAAAGGAGCAGAGGCCACUGGUAGGGCCAUUCAUAAAGGAGCAGCCAAGAUCCGGGACCAUAUCACGCCUGAGGAAACUCCUUCGGAGGUCAGCCCCCGUGUCACAAAAGGUCUGCAGGUAGCUAAACAGGCCACCGGGGGUGCUGUGCGAGUCAGCCAGUUCUUGGUUAAUGGAGUAAGUAUGGUGGCAGGACACGUGGCAGACAAGAUGGCUCCCCAUGUGAAGAAACAGGGCGCUAAGCUGGUCCCAGAGUCUAUAAAGAAGACCAAAGAUGGCGGACGUUCCAACUGGGAUGGAGCCAAGUUUGUGGCAGUCAGCAGUGUACAAGGUUUCUCUACUGUUUGGUCGAGUCUGGAGACCGGAGCAAAGCUUGUUGGCAAAAGUGUUGCAGCAGAGACUGUCACAACUAUGACGUACAAAUUUAAGGGCUUAGAAAAUCUAAUAAAAAUGUCCAGCAACAUAUGACUGCACGUGGGAGUAAAGGCAAAGACUUGUGAACUAACUGAUCAACUCUUUCAUCUACACUCUUUUAUUAACCCAGAUCAAGUCAGAAAAUAACCCUCAGUAAGACUUUUUCCAAAUCUAACGCAACAGCUAACACAGAAUUGCCUUUUUUUUCAUCAGCUUUCUUCUAUUCAUUUAUAUCUAGAUAAGACAUAAAGUAUGUGUUUUGGGUUCUUUUUUGACUUGAUGUAGUUUAAGCUACUGUUAUGUGUCUUUCUGGGUCUGCGAACUGCAGCUAAAUGUCUGCUUGUGUUGGGUGGUGCUGCUCUUGCUGUUCAUACUAUCUGUAGCCCCUUUUCCCUGGUGUGUUACUAAUAAAACCGCUACAAAGUGAAA